UAUUCACCCUUUGCUUCUGAGGUUGAGUGGAGGAUAGCCGAGUGGGCAACCAAAGAAGGCAUUGGGGAUAAGUCCCUUGACCGCCUGUUGUCCAUUCCAGGGGUGGUUGAAAAGCUCGGCUUAUCAUUUUACAACACUCACGCUAUGCAUCAAAUUAUCAAUACUAUUCCAUCUCGCAUGCUUUGGCACACCACCUACCUGUCCUUUCCAGACAAUCCAGAGGAAUGA